UAACUUAAAAUAUGGCGGCUUUUACGUAAGUCUCACUUUCUUACAUGACAGACGACGGAUUUUAGAGGGUUUUAAAUCGAAUCCACUUGCCGAGGUGAUUUCUGACUGAAUAAUGGGUAUCGUGCGGUUAGUACAUUCGCUGAGGAGUAGAGAAGAUACGCUGUCACGGUUCGCUGUCAAAGCCACCCUCGUAGGAGGUAUUGUUUAUUAUAGUGUUCAUCAGGGCCUGUGGUCCAAAUCCGAAGACAGUGUGCAAUUGUACGGAAAGAUCUAUAAUAAUGUUGCGCCUUAUAUUAAGGACAACAUUCCCAAGGAAGUCGUGAACGAGCUACCGCCGUUGCCAAGUACCGAUGAUCUUUCCAACUCUGUCAAAUCAUCAUGGAAUAAGGGAGUCAUAGCGAGCAUAAAAUUCCUGUCCAAUACUCCAACUUAUGUGACCAAUGGUGUGCAGAGUAUUUCGAAAACUGUGCAAGAAUAUAUAAAACAACAAAGUGUGUCUCAGAAAAGUCAAUAAUGAUUCUUUUUCCUAUUCUGUGGAUUUUAGGAUAACAUUGUAAUAUCAUCAGUGGAUACUAAAAUAAAAAGAAAAAAGAUUGCACAAAGUUGAAAAUGUAACCAAGUGCAAAAAUUUUAUCAUGAAUCGCAGUAUAUACUGGUCCCAAAAAUAGUGAUCAUAUUGCGUAAUCGUAUUACAAUAAUACUUAAUAUAAUCAUAGCAAACAUGUUGUGUCUGUAAAAAGGAACGAUAAAAUAAAAAUGAUAACGAGUCAAAAA